AGCAGGGGGAAAGAAAGAUGGCAAUGUCUCUCAUCCAAGCAUGCCGCAGCCUUGCUCUCUCCACCUGGCUGCUGUCCUUCUGCUUCGUCCAUUUGCUUUGCCUGGAUUUUACCGUGGCCGAGAAGGAGGAGUGGUACACAGCCUUCGUCAACAUCACCUACACCGAUCCACUAAGCCACCAGUGGAGGACAGAGAAGAGUGAGUGCGGGAGGUACGGGGAGCACUCACUCAAGCAGGAUGCCUGGGGCUUGGCGGUGAUGCCCUCUUCCCCGCAGGACAGGCUGGCCUGUGACCCGGCCACCAAGUUCUCAGUGCCAGCCAAUGCCAGCCGAUGGGUAGCACUUAUUCCCAAGGGGAACUGCACAUACAGGGAUAAAAUAAAGCAUGCCGCCUUGCAGAAUGCUUCUGCUGUGCUCAUUUAUAACGUGGGCUCCAGUAAUGCCAAUGAAACCAUCACCAUGCCACAUCCAGGUAUUGAAGAUAUUGUAGCAAUAAUGAUUCCAGAGCCUAAAGGAAGAGAAAUAGCCACCUUACUGGAAAGGAACAUUAAUGUGACAAUAUACAUCACAAUUGGAACACGGAACUUGCAAAAAUAUGUCAGUCGGACAUCAGUGGUGUUUGUUUCAAUAUCCUUCAUUGUCCUGAUGAUCAUUUCUCUCGCUUGGCUUGUGUUCUACUACAUCCAGAGAUUUAGAUAUGCCAAUGCACGAGACAGGAACCAGAGGCGACUUGGAGAUGCUGCUAAAAAAGCCAUCAGCAAAUUGCAAGUCAGAACCAUCAAGAAAGGUGACAAGGAGACAGAGCCAGAGUUUGAUAAUUGCGCUGUUUGCAUUGAAGGUUACAAGCCUAAUGAUGUUGUCCGAAUCUUACCAUGCCGACACCUUUUUCAUAAGUCUUGUGUGGAUCCCUGGCUUUUAGAUCAUCGCACGUGUCCGAUGUGCAAAAUGAAUAUCCUCAAAGCUCUAGGGAUUCCGCCAAAUGCAGACUGCCUAGAUGAUAUUCCUCCUGACUUUGAAGGUUCUGUUGGGCCUCCCACCAAUCAGAUCACAGGAGCCAGCGAUGUCACUGUGAAUGAGAGUUCAGUGGGAAUAGACCCCUCGGUCCGCACUGUAGGAGUGCUACAAGUCAUCCAAGAUGCAGAAUCUCUACCGCAGGUUGGGGAAGUUAGCUAUACAGCAAGCAGUGAACAAGAGCCAGCUGUCAGCAGUGACUCAGACAUCUCCUUGAUCAUGGCAGUAGAUGUAGGACUUUCAGAUGUGGAUCUUUCUACUGACCAAGACUGUGACGAGGCAAAAUCAUGAGCUGGAGCAUUGUUGCUGUCUGUAGGAAAGUAAUAGGAGAAGAGGACAAAAGACCAGCUCUCCUGGAGUUUGGACAAAUCCAAAAAUUAUAAACCAAUCACCACCACCAUAAAUCUCCAGCACACUCCAUCCUGGUCUGAUCAUGAAAAGCAAUAGCGCCCAAUGCCUGCUAUGUGCUGCACAGUUUCUUUCUGUUGGGCUCCCGGUUGUGUUGAACAGGGAGCAGAGAGCUCCUUGGUUCCUCACCUGUGCAAGGCUUCCAGAUGCAGGCUUUCCUGGUGUGGAUGGUAGAACAAAUGGAACGCAAAUGAAAUCUAUGAUGCUGUUUAAAAAAAAAAAAGAAAGCAUAAAAUUAUAUUUUUUUUGUUUAUCCAGUUUUAAUCAGUAUAUUCAGUCCCCAGUAUAUGGGCGCAUCAUUCUAUGAUCCAUUUUAUUUCAAGUUCCCGGCUUUUCAUUGUUUGGCAAGUAAACAAGGAGAGGUCAUAAGUCAAUACUGUGCCCUAAUCUGAAGACAGCUAUGGUUACUGCUUGGGCAGCCUUCCCAGAUGCACUCAAGAUGAAAUGUCUUUUAGCAACACUGCCUAGCUUCAUGUGACCUGCCAUUCUCCACUGACUGCAUAAACAAUGUUUGCUAUUUCAUUACAUAGCAGUGUAAGGCCAACAUGGUCACGUUGGCAGGAUCAGCCCUGAUUUUAGACUUCAGGAGAAUCAUAUAUGUAUAAAAUAUCUUCCCACCUUUAAAACUGUCAGUGGAUGCCCAUAAUUAGGAGCAAUUAAGAAAGAUGCAUAAAAACCUAAAUUUCUGCCCAAUCCCCUCAAUCACUUGCACCCCAGUUGAAAAGGGAAAGCUGGUGUUCUUACUAUACAGUAGAAAGGAUUCAUAUAUUAUGCACGGUUUUCUUCCAAACUAUGUGCAUAUGGACUGUUGCCAGAUAACACCAUUUCAGUAUGACCAUCAUUUACCAACCAUGGCCUGUUGUGUAGAAGUGAAUAGGACAAAAUAAGAAUUGACUCCUGUGUGAGGGUAUACAUUAGAUGAACAAAUGACAGGUCAUGUGAACCUUUGGUGAAACCUGUUGACAUUGUGAACACCAAGCCCACAUCCAGAUCUGCCCAAAGCCUUCCUAUUUUGCUUUAAACCCCAUCCAUUUUAUGUCUUGAAAUCUAGGACUGGCCUGGGAGCACCAGGACUUUUGUUAGGUACAGAUUAAUUUAACUGCUGAUUUGAAGUAUGCUGUAGUGGUGCAGAGUGCAAAAAACACAGUGCACCACGUUUCCAAGCAUGCUAUAGCAAUUGCACCUGCUGAUAUCAUGGGCAAAUCUUGUUUGAAUGGUGUGCAUCUGAGAGCAAGGUUAGGCCACCACAAAUGGGGCAGCACAUUGUUGUAAUAUGGGUGCUCACUUGCACACCACUAACUAGCAUUCCAUUCCAUAGGUGCAAGGUGCAGCAGGAGCCUUGUUUUUAAUUUCACCUCAAAGCAGGUAUAAAGUACAAGAGUCAUAUGCCUAAUGCGCCUUGCACUAAGAGCAUAGUUAGGCACAAGUGUUUUAACUAUCACCGGUUUGCAAUCAGUGCGCCUACCCUGGGGUGUUUUUCCAAGGUAAGAACCUUUCCUCAAGCAGCACCUUUGCCUCACCUGGUAACUUUAAGAAAAGUUAACAGAAAGUCAGCUCUUCUAGUGCAGAAAAUGCCAUUGCACUCCCUUCACUAGAGAUGUGCCCAGCAUUGGGGAUGCUCCAGAAAUGUCCCUGUUUUAUAGAAAAUAAGUCCUUUGGUGUCAGUACCCCACUGCAGCCACUUCCUCUGUCUCCCGUUAUUAAACAAUGCAGAUUGGCUAUAGGCAGCAUGCACAUGGUUAAAGCCCUCAUUUCCCUACAAUUAAUACCAGAUGAACAUCAGGGGGCACAGGGGAAUGACAGGAGUUGCAGUGAGGGUUAACAAAUAUUUUUAUAGAAACAGUGGGCUAUAAGUGAGUAAAAGGAUUUGCUUUUAUUUUAGACUUCUCUGUGUUAUUUUACCUUCCUGGCAGAUUCUCCUGGUUCUCUGUUGCGAGGCUACUGUGAAACCUAUGAAAGUGUUUCUGAUCAGCCACUCAUGAACAAAACAUGUUUGUUUUAAGCAUUUUAUAAUAUGGCAACUCUUACUCUUACACACACACACAAGUAAUGUUUAUUAGACCUGGUUUCCUAUUAGGCUCCUUAGCAUUGGCAAAGAAUAUUAUUUGUAGGUUUGAUGCAAACAUUACCUCUCCUGCACAGAAAGCCAGCGGCCCCCAUUAGAGCAGUGAUGUGUUGCUUUCUGUGCGUUUGUAAGCAUGUAGUGACGAAGGCUACAGGAAUGUUGGUGGGAAGAAGCAAUUGCAUUAAUGUCAUUCACAGGAACUGGCUGGUAUGUUAAAGGCAUAUGCACUUGUUUAUAAGGGUGAAUUGCGUGAUACUUGCUUGUUUGUCCCAGAUUCCCAACCGGUACAUGAAAACCUAUCCAAACACAUUUUUUGACCUUUAAUAUAAUUUUAAAAACAAAAUGUAUGCAGUUAGCUCCAAAGUAGUUUCACUGUUUUUCCAUUCAUUUCACUAUGUAUAUUUGUCUUUAAUGCAUGUAUGUUAUGCAACAUACUGUACGUAAACAGACAUUUCUAACCUGGAAAACUCUGACUACUUGUGAACUACAAUUCUAAGCGCUUCCUUAUAGCAAGGGUAUUCUGGGAGUUGUAAUUUAACAACUGGUAGAUAAACAUUUGGACAUCCCUGAUUUUAAACCUCAUUGCCUAUCUCCAAAUCCAGAAACCCUUAUAGAUAUGUGUGUUAACAUGCUGAGGAUUGUGCAUAGCAUCUGUGUGGGGAGGUUUUUUUGACAGUAGGUCAGAAGGAGGCUUGGUGCUUCCAUUGCACACACAUCGUUCCAUCCCUUCCUUACCUUUGUUUUAGCUGCACCAUUCUAAGAGACAUGGGCUCAGCAGUGCAUUUAGAUCUAACUCACUGGAGGAGAGAAGAGCCCUAGUGAUACAAUUACCAUCAUAUACUGAGCAGCCACAGAAAGCUAUAAUGUGCUGUGUAUUCGGUAUCUAAGGAACAGUGCAUUAACCAUUAGAAUAUUACUGAAAGCGUGGGCUUGUUUAUAAAGGCACUAUAUUUUCUUGUUCCAUACAUUAUUGGUAUAUUAGCUUUUUUAAGAAUGGUUAAAUAUACGCCAGACCUAACAAAUAUCUGUUAGGUUACUAGGUCAGUUACUCAAAAAAGCCAGCCAGCCAGCCCACCCCUGCACAAAGGACAAGUGAUGUGUGCAAAAUUGUGGGUCAUGGAUCACCCUUGACCAGUCGUGUGCCCUCUGUUCCCUGGGUUUCCCCAUGAUUGUUGGGUCUGCCCCUGUAUAAUUAUGCCAAUGAAGUCAGCUUUAGUUAUUCUUUCACACCUUGAACCAGUGCAGCAACAAUAUUUUGGAUAUACAACAGAUAUAAGUGCACUGGAAUGUAUAAGGUGUCUUUCAGGCAUGGUGUGUUCCCAACCAGUGAAUUACACAGGUAGAGUGAGUUUUACAUGAUCAUAAAGGAACCAAACCCAUGGGUCUUAUUCCUUGUCCAUUGGAUACCUAAGCAAAAAAACUCCUUAACGUGACUGAUGAUUGACAUUUAAAAGGGGGAUAUAUAUUAUAGUGUGUAAGCCAACAUCACCUUGCCCAUAGCAACCAAUGAAAUCUUUGCUUUUGAUUUCUAACUUGUAGGUGACUGUUUAAAUCUAAUUGCUGAUUGGUUACUAUGGGCUUACACACUAUAAUAAAUAUGCCCCUUACUGUGAAACACACAGAGAGGGCUACUGCUUAUUGGUCAAAGGCAACACUGGGUAAGUCAGAGAAACAUAUUUAUCAAAGGUGGAAGUAAAAAGCUUUGUAAUACUCUGAAUUCAAUUUCAUUCAUAAUAUAGGGCUAGAUUCAGUUCAGUGAGAGAAAGUGAUCUUAUGGUUUAACAUGUGAAAACUCAUGGAUGAGAUUAAGUUUUUCCAAUAGAAUGUGACAACAUUUUUUUACGUGACAAAUUGCGACAAUAGAUUUUCUGAAUUGAAUUGCUUUGCAUUUCACAUUGAAUCUCAUUCAUGAGUUUUCACAUAAACCUUUUUCUCACUGAAUUGAAUCUAGCCCCUUGUGUGAGAAUUUCACUUGUUUUUUACCAGUUUCCCUGCUCCCAACUGUGUCUGACUAGGGAAGAAUACUGCAUGCUGGGAGCAGGAAGAGGUAACCUUCCCAACCUUGCUGGGCAAUAACAUGGGCAACUUUAUUUAGCAAAAUGCAUGGGAGCUAGUGAUACAACAUGCUCCUUUGCAAAUACAUUAAGAUGUUGUCAAGCUCAUUUUGACAUUUGACAUUAAUGGUCAGCUGUGGCCUUACUCAUACACUUUGUUUGUGUGUAUCUGAUAGUGUUGUUUAACGGUGCUGUGAAGCAAUGCUGCUAGGGUCCUUCUCACAUGUAACUGACACAAUGCAUAGAUUGCUGCUAUAAAUACCAACGAUAUCCUCUCUAGUUUCUCAUUCUGGAAGAUGCCACAGAUACCAGUGUAUCACGCUUCAUAGGAUACAGUGCUCAGAUAUGCACUUAAGCACAUUGCUGUUUAUAGGGCUAUGGUACAAUGGAGUAGCACCGGAAACUUAACACCACCCCUGGAGAAAUCAAUGGUGGGUGGCAGGUGAUGUGCUUCCCCAGCAGCUGGAAUCCACCAGCAGAGAAAAAUGCCCUUGUGCUAUUAGACUUAAAUGAUUCCUAUAACAGGCCAUUGCUUAUUGUCCUUCUCAUAAACAAUACCAAUAUCACUACAAGGAAGGUCUUGUUUUAGACUCUACUGUUAUUUUUAUUUCAGAAUGCCUGGGAUCCAAAUAGUCUACAUGAGAUGAAUUUCAUGCUGUAACAGGGAAGGUCUCAUUGUAACAGGUCUUUCCCACUCUUUGACUCAUAAAGGUUUUGUGUUGGGCUCAGUAUUCAGCCAAACAUUUGGGGAACAUUUGGUAUUUGGCUGAAUCCUAACAAUCAGUUUGGUGCAUCCAUCAUAGUUGUCUUAAAUGCCUUCUGUUUCCAACCCAAUGUUAUAUUUCAUGCCUCUAGAUAGUGUUGUACUAUACCCUCAACUGUCCUUGUUAGGGAAUGGUGGGAGUUGUAGCUUAACAAUAGCUGAUGGCAUACAAGUUAGCUGUUAUUUCUGUUUUAUCUUCUUAAGGGCUUUAUGGACAUUUACAGCAUGUGUUGCCUUUCUGUAAGUCGGGUAUUUAGGUCCUUGUUUAGUCUUGUAUAGCAUUGGUAUUGUUUCAGCUGAAUGUGUCAUGAAAGGGCAUGCAGAAAUACUUACAUAGAUCUAUGUGUGAUGCUUUCUUUAUGAAAGGAGCUGCCAUGUAGCAUGCAGGGCAUAGGAAACAUUUGCCUCUGUUAUUGCUUUACCCCUAUCCGAGGAUGUGGAGAAAGAUGCUUCUCUCUGGUGAAAAAUAUCACUUACGUACUGUAUGAGAAAGCCUUUCUAUGCAUGUAUGUAUGUACAGUAUACACAUGCCAGUGUUGUACCAUUCUCUAUUAUUUCCAUAUGUUUCAUUUAUGUUUCAUAUUAAAAAUUAUUUUUUUAAAUCA